CCCCCUGGGGCAUGGAGUGGAUCGCCUACCCGAAGCUCGUACGUGUGGCACCGCCCAUCGUCGCAUGGGAUAGCUGCUCGCCUGCUUGGUGCACGCAGGCACAGCGCGGCGGUGCAUCUUAUUGAGCUGCUUGGUCGGAGUUUCAAGCUGCAGUAUUGCGGCCAGACUCUCUCCGGAGUCCGAGCACUGCACCUUGUGCGGGCGUGGCUCGUCGUACACCCUUGUUUGCUCUCGGGGAUGACCUACCCCGCACUUGCCUCCUCUAGUAUAACGCCCCGCCACCACAGCCCGCAGCAGUAACUCGUCGUCAGCGGCCGCGUUGCUUCGCGCAGAGCGCCAUUGACGGGAAGCCCAGCGGCGAUCGCACCUCGCGCUCGCACCUUUCAGCAGUCGCCGACUGUCUGCGGGGUCUGCUGCUACCAGAAAAAGCGUUCGUUACUGUUCAGAAUGUCUACCCUCCGUGAACUCUCGUUACAGUCACUCGGGGCGGCAUGCAUCCUCCUCGUGCUCACGGCGCACGUCGCGGCGGGGCCAGCCGCCGUCAUCCGUCGCGUGGAGUUCGUCUCAGCCGCUACAGCCGCCACAGCCGGCGACAGCAAUUGGCGGAAUGCACUAGACGCGGCUGUCGUCGCGCCGUCGCUUCCGCCGCCAACAGCGCCGCCUUCGCCACGCGGCCCUUCCGCACCGCGCGGCUCCACGGGGAACCCCUCGGCGAGCGAGUACGGCCCGGAGUUUCCGCCGACAUACGACCAGCGGCUGGCGCUGGCGGAGCUGCGCGUGGCGAUGGACCCCGACGGCGCGGAGCUGGAGUCGUGGGACUCGGACGUGGGGUGGCCCUACUGGAUGGGCGUGCAUUGCAACGACCGUAACGAAGUCGUCAAACUGUCGCUGAGCGGCAACGAGCUGAGGGGCAGCAUUCCCCCGGGCAUCUCCCACCUCACCGCGCUGCAGCACCUGGACGUGAGGGGCAACCACCUGCAAGGCAGCCUCGUCGCCGAGAUAGCCAUGCUGCCCGCCCUCACCUACCUCGACGCGUCGAACAACGGCAUGAACGGGUGGCUGCCGGGCGCCGUGGCCAACAUGACCGCGCUGCACCACCUCGACCUGCACCACAACGCCAUCAGCGGCCCCCUGCCCUCCUCCAUUGGCGCGCUCUCCAAGCUCACUAGACUCGACCUGCACAGCAUUGACUUCACGCCCGCCCCUCUGCCGCCCUCCCUUGGAGCGCUCUCUGCACUCGCCUACCUCAACCUGGCGUACACACAGCUCAGCGGCCCUCUGCCGUCCUCCCUCGCCAACCUCUCCAACCUCAAGUUCCUCUCGCUGGACGGCAAUGCCCUCACGGGGCCCUUCAACAUCAUCCCUCCCAACUCGUCCAUCCAUGUCAUUCAAGCGGGGCACAACCAGCUGAGUGGCGGUGUGCCGGACGUGUCGCUGUACCCGCACCUGCGCCUGCUGUCGCUGCACGACAACAACUUCACCGGCCCCGUGCCCACCGCCGACCUCAACUCCACCACCACCGCUGUUGUUCUGGCGGGCAACCCGCUGUGCACGUCGGCGCUGUACUACCGCACGUGCAACGUGUGGCAGCAGCGCCGCUUGUGCUCCCUCCCCUGCGCGUCCCCCAACGAGAGCCCCAACCCUGUGGAGUUCCUGCGCGCACAGGUGUGCGUGUGCUCGGUGCCGGUGGUGGUGCGGCUCUUCCUGCAGAACCCCUCCUACACCGUGUUCAACAGCGAGUACGCCGACCAGUUCCAGCACGACACAGAGGCACAGCUCGCCCUGCAGGAGGGGCAGGUGUGGCUGGACAACGUGAGUCAGCGCGAGGACAACUUCGAGGUCGCCACUCUGCGCAUCUACCCUGCCAAGGCAGAAGCCCCCUGGGCGGAGGAGCAGCGAGCGCAGCUGUAUGCCGCGUUGGGGCGGCUCACCCGCCUCAGUGCCAUCUUUGGGGGAGUCACGUUCGACGGCCCGCCCCCACCACCAGUGGCCAGCCCGCCACCUCCACCUCUAAAUGUGGCGGUCGCCACUCAGAGCAAGAGCUCGUUCCCGGUGUGGGCCAUCGUGGUGACGGCGGUGGGCGUGCUGUGCUUCGCCGCGUCCGUGCUGCUGCUGCUGCUCUGGCUGCGCCAUCAGAGGCGACGACAGAUGCUCAGGCCCACCAAGUCGAAGCUGACGCUGCGGCUGCAGGAGCACUUUGUGCGCCCCAUCGCCCUGGCGGAGGUGGAGGCCGCCACCAACGCCUUUGCGGACGACCGACUGCUGGGCGUGGGCGGGUACGGGUCCGUGUACCGCGGGCACGGGCCCAACGGCGAGCAGUGGGCCGUCAAGCGCGCGCAGGUCACCACCGUGCAGUCCAUGCACGUGUUCCAGAACGAGGUGGACGUGAUCUCGGCGAUGAGCCACCGCAACCUGAUAGCCUUACUGGGGUACUGCGAGGACAAGGGCGAGCAGAUCCUCGUCUACGAGUUCGCCGCCAACGGCACGCUCAGCGCACUGCUCAGACCGCCUGCAGACAAGCCCACCCCGCCCUUGACGCUGCAGCAGCGCGUGGAGAUCGCUCUGGGCGCGGCGCAGGGGCUGUUCUACCUGCACUCGUUCGCGCGCCCGCCUGUCAUCCACCGCGACGUCAAGUCGGGCAACAUCCUGCUGGACGCCGACAUGCAGGCGAAGGUGGCGGACUUCGGGCUGCUCAAGGCGUCCAAGGGCGAGGGCGUGGCGCACAGCACGCAGGUGGCGGGCACACCGGGGUACCUGGACCCCGAGUACUACUCCGCCUUCAAGGUCACCGCCAAGAGCGACGUCUACAGCUUCGGCGUGGUGCUGCUGGAGAUCAUCACGGGGCUGCCGCCCAUCUUUGAGAGCCUCGACUCCACCGAGUGCACGGACGGCGAGAGGCAGAUGACCAGCCUCGCGCGCUGGUGUGCGCCGUACGUGCAGACGGGCAACGUGGCCAAGAUAGUGGACCCGCGACUAGGCGCGGACUACCCAGUGGACGUGGUGAAGGGGCUGGCGGACGUGGCCAUGGCGUGCGUGCAGCGCCACAGCAAGAACCGCCCCGACACCAGCGAGGUAGUGCGGCGCCUGGGGGACAUUCUCUCGAGGAUGAUGGGUGAUGAGAAUGUGGCGGCGCUGGGGCAUCUGCGGUCGCAGAGCUCGAAUGUGGGAGCCAUUGCCAUUCCGGAGGAUGGGGAGGUAGACCCGAAUAUUGCGCUUGUGCAGGGCAUGGAGGGGCCUUACGACGAAAGCACUGCAGCUAUGUCGCAGGUUAUUCCUCGUUGAAUAGCAUCGUGUUUGGGAGCGAAUAGCAUGUUCAACUUCUUCAAAGCAGCAACUUGGGCUGCAUUGUUGUAUUAUUCUUGUCUAAUAAUUGCUGACGAGAAAUGUUCUCGUAUUAUGUCAGAUGCCCAUUCGU